CUUCAUUGAACCCGCUAGCUACAAACAAAAUCUCUCCUACAACGCGCAUCUUACUGUGAAGACAUGUGUUCAUAGCGUCAACCUUUUAAACCUCCCCGGAAAGGAUACCUUUCGCAAAACCACAUAUGAUUCGGAAAACCUCCACCCUCCGCAUCGCAUCGCAUCGCAUCCAGCCAUGAACAACGACCAAUUCCGUCGCCUUGUCCUCGACAACCCUUCCUCCAAACCCGCCGGCCAAUCCACCAGUCCAGAUGCAUCCUCUUCAUCCCAACAACAACCACGCAAAAGCAUCGGCAAUGCGACCCCCGCAGCCGGCGCUCUGGGCUCGCGCCUCCGCUCCAGCAUCCCCAUGACACCUCGCGCCUUAACAAACGUCGACUUUGCGCGCCAACUAGCCGAAUACCGCCGCGAAGCCCAACCCGCUUCCAAGAAAUUCAAAUCCUCCGCCGCCCCCAAGGGAACGAAACUACCGUCCGGAUAUCAAGAUCGGGCUGCAUUGUUGCGCCAGAAGGAAGAAGCGGAAGAAGGGGGAGAUGGUGGUGGUGAUGUGUCGGAUCUGGAGAAGCGUGUUAAGGCGUUGGAGGAGAUGGUCAAGCUAGGACAGAUUGACCAGGAGACGUUUGAGAAGCUGCGUGCUGAGAUGGGCGUGGGUGGGGAUUUGAAGAGUACGCAUAUGGUCAAGGGGUUGGAUUGGGAGUUAUUGAGGAGAGUUAAAGGAGGCGAGGAUGUUGAUGUCUUGGAGAAGGAAGGGGAGAAGGGUGAGGGGAAGGAGAAAGAAGAUGUGGCAGAUGUGGAUGAGGAGUUGGAUCGGGUGUUGGGACAAAAGGGCGAGGGGGUGGAUGCAUUGACUGCUGCCCCGAAGGAGACUAAGGAGAAGAAGAAGGGGGUCAUGGCUCAGAGAAAAUCAAGAGACGAGAUUCUCAGGGAGUUGAAGGCUAGUCGGGCUGCUGCUGCGGCUGAGGCGGCGAAGCCGGCUGAGCCCGCGUUGGGGACUAAGUUCAAGAGGAUCGGGGGAGAGUCCAAGGCGGAGAAAAAGCGUUGGGUGGAGCAGGAUGAGAAUGGGCGACGGAAGGAGAUUCUACAGAUCACGGAUGCGGAGGGCAAGACGAAGAGGAAGGUGAGAUGGCUAGGCAAGCCUGGUGAGGUCGGUGCUGGUGCUGGUGAUGGACCUGCUGGGUUAUUGAUGCCGGACAAGGAUGCGAAACCGCUGGGCAUGGAGAUUCCAGCAGAGGUUGCAUCCAAGGCUCCCGCGCCGGCGGAGGAUGAUGACGACGAUAUUUUUGCUGGCGUUGGAGAUGACUAUAACCCGCUUGGUGAUCUACCAGAUGAUGAUGAUUCGUCUGAUGAGAGUGAAGAUGGCGAGAAGCCAAAGGCCAUAGAACCAGCUCCUGCUACUGGUGAUACGAAGAAACCGGAGAUGACAACCAGCCGGCCUCGAAAUUACUUUUCUACGUCUACAACGGAUGAAGUUCCUGAGGUGGACCGGUCGAACCCAUUGGCUAAAGAUCCUACUCUACUGGCGGCUCUGAAACGGGCUGCUGCGUUACGACAGUCCGAGGAGGCUGGUGCUGCUGAUGCUGACGCCGGAGAUGUCGACGACGAGACGGCGCUUCGACGAAAGAGGUUCCUGGAGGAGGCGCGUCGGCGGGAAGCCCUGGAUGCAAUGGAUAUGGACAUGGGCUUUGGAGGAAGCCGCAAUGACGAUGACGAGGAGGACGAGGACGUGGUGCUGGAGACCGAGGGACGCGGCGGGAAGAAGAGGAAACGAGGGCCGAAGAAGAAGAAGGGCGACAAGGACAGUGUGACGGAUGUGAUGCGUGUGCUGGAGGGGAGGAAAAAGGAGUGAUGUUGAGAUGAGCAGAUUAUACACGAUUUAUCAGGGGUGGUGCCUGGAAAGGAAACCAAUCAAGAUGCCUGGUAAAUACGACUAUCACACCUGGACCCUUUUCUGGACCGCUGUUACCCUACAGUGAUCGCUGCAUCGUACCGGAAACCAGAAAGUAAUUUCCGUGGGACUCAGUUCCUUCAGGAGCAGCAAGUGAUAUGCUAUUACGAACUUACGUGCAGUAGGUCGCCUUCCACAGGAGCUCAUCUGCAC